CAAAGGACCUUAGAUUUGGUAAGAUGGACUUGUAGUCGUUGGAAUAUUUUGGCGCGAAAAUCCUCCUAAAAUCCCCAGCCUGUUUUGGCGGUGACCAAAGAUGACGGCGGCUGAAAUAACCGACCUCUUCGCCAGGCUUGCUUCCCACCUCGAUGGCUCUCCCUCUUCUGACAAUGAAGAAGCUCUGCAACUCUCCAUUUCCAAUCUCAACCCCCAUCCCGAUUCUAGGGUUAGGGUUUUGGAUACGGCCCUGUCUCUCAUGUGCUUCAAAGCACCACAGGUUUUUGAUUCAACAGUUAAAUACUUGAUUGAAACAAUUACCAGCGUUCUCUCUUCUUCGAUUAGCUGCAAGGUUUUUCAGUUUCACAAAGACGAGGUUUUGUUGAUCGGAACCUCAAUUUCUCGCCGAGAUUUCCCCGAUUUGAUCGAAGCCUGCUCCGACGUUCUUCAAAAGCUAGAGAGACAUGAUACUCAGUAUAAGUACCUAUUGUGCGCUGUUCUAAGGGUUGCAAUUUCAUCAUCUUGUUAUCGUUUUUCGUAUCCAUCAAGACCUAUUCUUUCAGCUGAAUCCUUUGAUUUAAGGUCCAUUGCUGUUUCUAAGUUUCUCAGUAAUUUUCCCAGAGGGUUCUUCCUUGACAAUAGUAGUAUUCCAUUUAGAUUGAUGUCCUGGUUUCUUGACCCGCUAACUUUAAAGAAUGAUAUUUCAAACAUUUUGCACGAAUCUAUGGAGAGGCCUUUCCUCUCUCCGUGUAAAGAAUUUCAUGAGAGAAUUGAUUGGCGUGAUAUCGUUAAAUGCUUGGUACUUUCUCCUGUUAUGUUUAUUGAGGCAAGAGCUUUGUUACACAGAUGGUUCCUAGUGACGGGGCUGUCUUCUGUGCUGGAGCUUCUAAAUGCAUUGUGCUCGGUGAUGCUAGAUGUAAUUUCCAGGCCGACAUGGUGGGACUUCUCGAUGGACUUAGGAGCAAAGCUUUCAUUUUCCAGUGCUUAUUUUCCGUAUCACUACCACUUAUUUAGGAUCUUGGCUGGACCAAUCUCGCAAGCUAGUCUUCUACAGUUGGUCAUUGGUACAAGUGAAUUGUUGUCUUGCACCAGUAAACAGUUUGUUUCUAAUAUUAAGACACCUGGACGGAUGGCUGAAAAUAUCGAUCACAAAUCUUACUGGGCUCUUGCAAUCAACUUCCCGAAUUGGUUUUACUUUGCUUCUGCUUUGCUUUUCUCUGACAAAAGUUUUCAAGACAAUAUAUUUUCAAAAUGUAUAAUGGAGGCAUCCAAAAUUGGUUAUGAGGAAUCACAUUUUUCUGCUGCGGCAAGGUACAUUGCAUGGAUUCUGAACCCUGUUAGUAAAUUUCAUCAGGAUUUACUAGCUGAUCUUCUGGUGAAGAUAUCAAAAUCUAUGGCUUUUAAACAAUUUGGUUCAGGUUUACAAGAGAAGAAGACAGGUAGUGUCAGGAAGAUACUGAAAAAACCCAAAAAUUGUAACAAGUAUAAUACUUAUUCAGAACAAUAUGAUUGUCAACUCGUUACACUUUGGCUUAAGGAGUUCAAAAGCUUAUCCGUGAAGUACUGGACAAAAUCAUCUUGUGAUCUUAGUAUGCGGAAAAAUACAUUGUUUAGGAGAAUCCCUUUAGGUAUCUUGCUUGGAUGCCUGAAUUAUCUAGAUGAAGACGUGUGUGAAUUGCUUUUGCAUUAUGCUGCAACUGAUAGAAUACCCCAGUCGAGGAAAAUUGAGACUUCAAGUUUGAAAAAUAUGAAACCUGACAAUGAAGAGUGCAAAGAAAUAAUUGUGCGGAUUGAUAAUUACACUAAGGAGGAGGCCAUAGCAGGUGCCAGUCUUGUCUUCAGCAUAACUGAUAUUGUUGAAAGUAUGUCUGCUUCAUUAUAUGAGACUGAAGAUGCCGGGGUAGAUUUUAUUUGCCUGGUAAAAAUGAGAGUGGGAAAAUUCUUAACAAAGUGCAUCAAAAGACAAAUUCAACUUAAAAUUGAUGAAGAUAGAAAUCAAUUGGAGAUGAAUCUCUGCGAAAGGUUGAAGCAGUGGAUACAUCAAGGUCACAGAGUAUUAGAUAUUAACAAUUAUGUUGAUGAUCUCAUUAAAGUUUUGAGUAAUGAAUCUUCUCUAUAAAAGAAUAAAGAAGUUUUGCCCUAUAAUUUCAGCUCUGCCAGUGUGAUUUUUAUACUUGGGACUAGUGCUGUAAUGCCAAUGUCGAAAGACAUUAUGAGAUGAAUGCGUAAGAGAACAUGUACCCUUCUCUGUUGUGAAUAUUUAUUGGCCAAAAAAAAAAUACUGUAUAAAACAAAUAAUAUAUAUUAUGCUGACAUCGUUAUUGAAAUUAACUAUUGUACCCCUAUUUGGCAACAUAGAUCAAUAAUGGUAAUAUCAAUGUAAACUUUAUAGCUAAA